CAAUUACAAUACUUUGCACAAUUUUCUUCAUAUUGUAAUAAUUUACUCGUAAAUUAAAUAAAUUAAAGUUUUAUACAUACAAUUUCUCCGCGUAUGUUGGUGUAUAAAAAUUCUUUAUGGUAUAAAUAGUCAUACAGUCGUACACCGAUCGAAAUUGGCCAAACGUGAAAUAUAAUUUCAUCAACAGAGAAAUAAUCUCAAAUAAUGUCUUCAUCAUUAGUAGAAUUAAGACCUAAUCGACGCUUUUUGGACCACGAAUUUGAUGGCUAUAAAUUAAAUUUACAUGCUCUCGCACAUUACAAUUAUCAGUUAAGCAUUCCUGUUGAUAAAGUAUACCCGGAUGAUGUGCAAUAUUCUUUUGUACAUGCAAAAUUAUUUGCCCUACAUAAUCACCUUGUGGUGGACCACUGGGAUUAUUCUUAUGGAUUCUACUAUAUUGACAAUAAACAACAAGUGCAAAAGAUUUAUUUUGAUAAUUUUACCCAAAAAUUUCAAACUACUGUUGUUUACGAUAUUCCAGCUCAUACUGAGAGGAAACCUGGCCAUUUUAAUCUUUGCCUUUCUUUUCCAUCUACUAAUUUAGCCAUAGUCAGUGAUGGGACAGGCUACUUACAUAUAAUUGAAACAGGUGGCAGAAAUAAUGCAAUUGGGUAUGUACAGACAUGGCAAACAUUACACUCCACUUUAGUACUUGGAGAAGGGAAAUAUUUCAUCAUAGUAGACUCAAGGACUCAGCAUAAAGAUGGUUGCGUACUAGUACAUUGUUUGUUGCAAUCAGUAGAACAGAAUAAAGCACAGUUUGAUUCAAUAUUGUCAUGGGUGACAUUUGAACUACAACAAAAUGAAAAGAAUUGGACUCAGACAAGUUUCAGACAACUUAGAGGCAAAGGAAUAAUACACUAUGCCGCUAUGGAGACCAAUUGCUCCUCUCUUUAUGUUGCAUCUGACCACCCAUUUAAGUUUACAGUUGACUCCGCAAGUGAAAUAUUGGAAAAACCUAAGAAAGAGCAAAUAAAUAUUAUUUAUACAUGGCUUCAAACAAUGGAGGACAUAACUAUUACAUUGAAAUUGCAAACAAAUUUUGAUAAGAAAUUGCUUCAUGUGAAUGUUGGACCUUCAUCUAUUAAAGUUAGCUAUGCAGGUAAAGUAUUCUUGGAAGGUAAGCUAAAGCAUAAAGUAGAGAGUGAGUUUACAACAUGGAAUGUACAAGAGAGUGGUCAGGUCGACAUACUGAUCUCAAAGUGUGAGAGUAUGUUAUGGGACAACCUGAUAGAAGGAGGAGAUAACAAUGGAGAACAAAUAUUGGAUGCUUGUUUAGUAGAAGAAGCUCACAGGAAACUUGCUCAUUUGUGUUCAGAGUUAGAAGUGACAGGGGACAAGCAGGUACCAGGACUUUCAACUCAAGAGUUUGAAGAGUGUGAUGCAGCAUCUGAAGAAGACACUGUACUAGUUCGCAUGGAUUUAAACAGCCAUGAAGUAACACAUCGUAUUCCACUUAGCGUACAUCAGUACUUAUUUGACAUCAAACUAGAAAUGGAUGAGGUUCCUGCAUUGGCAUUACGACAUGACGUCGAUGCUUGCAUUUGGCAGCCAUACGCUCAGCUAGUGAACACUGAGACAUGGCCUGUCAAGCACCAAGGGACUCUACUUGCAUUUGGAUAUGUACAAUCAUCUAAACAGAAUCGUAAAUUUGUUACUUGUCCACCAAAUUUCGCAUAUAGUGUAGUAUGUGAAGCUUCAAAGCACAUUUUUAUUUACAAAAAGACAUAUGAUGAUAAUUUAAACUUAAGAAAAAGAAAUGAAGGGAAACUGGAAAAUGUAAAAUGUGGGCAACAGCGUAUUCUUAAUGUAGAUAAAUAUGGAGAAGUUUUAGGGAUUAAUGCCACUAAUGAAUAUUUAUUUGUUUUGACUCAAAAUACUUUGAUUGCUAUUCAGGUUUAGUAAAUAAAUCAAAUAAUAUAAUCAAG